CUGGUUUGCUUCAGUCUCUCUGGUUUUGCUUUUCUUAAGUGAAGUAUGAAUCGAAGUGGAUAUCACUGAUAUACAUACAGAAACCGCCGUAUCAAAUCCUUCUUCUUUGCAAUGUCUUCCUCUAUCUCGCUUCAACAGACUGUACACUGUUUCCUCUCCAACUUCCAGCUUUCACCGAAAGUUCCACUUCCCGGAUGGAGGAUUAUAACCGGUAGACCACAGAGAAUUCGUCCCUUAAGAGCUUCAUCAUCACUAGCUGAGGCUCCUCCAUCUUCAUUUCCACUCUUUCAACAACCUCCAGAGCCUGAAGAUUUAACCGAUUCUAAGCUGGAACCAGUAGAUCCUGAUUUUUAUAAGAUAGGUUAUGUUAGAAGUGUUAGAGCUUAUGGUAUUGAAUUCAAGCAAGGACCUGAUGGUAUUGGUGUUUAUGCAUCAAAGGAUAUUGAACCGACUCGUCGCGCUAGGGUGAUAAUGGAAAUUCCAUUGGAGUUGAUGUUAACAAUUAGUCAGAAGACACCUUGGAUGUUUUUUCCAGAUAUAAUACCAAUUGGUCAUCCAAUAUUUGACAUCAUUAACUCAACCAAUCCAGAGACAGAUUGGGACUUGAGGUUGGCAUGUCUUCUUCUGUUUGCGUUUGAUAAAGAGGGUAACUUUUGGCAGAUGUAUGGUGAUUUCUUGCCAAGUGCCGAAGAGUGUACUAGCAUGCUUCUUGCCACAGAGGAGGAACUUUUACAGUUGCAGGACCAUAAUCUGGCCUCAACAAUGAGAGAACAACAACAACGAGCGUUAGAAUUUUGGGAGAGGAAUUGGCACUCUGAUGUACCCCUUAAGAUAAAGCGUCUAGCUCAAGAACCAGAAAGAUUCAUGUGGGCAAUGAGUAUAGCACAAUCUCGAUGUAUCAACAUGCAGAUGAGAAUUGGUGCUCUUGUUCAAGAUGGAAAUAUGCUAAUUCCGUAUGCAGAUAUGCUAAAUCAUUCCUUUCAACCAAAUUGUUUCUUCCACUGGCGUUUCAAAGAUCGCAUGCUUGAGGUGAUGACUAAUGCGGGACAACGAAUAAAAAAGGGAGAAGAGAUGACUAUCAAUUACAUGAGCAAACAGAAGAACGACGUGUUCAUGCAAAGAUAUGGUUUAUCAUCACCAGUGAACCCUUGGGAUGUGAUAGAGUUUUCAGGAAAUGCGAGAAUUCAUCUAGACACUUACUUGUCGGUGAUGAAUAUCUCUGGCCUUCCGGAUGAAUAUUACCAUAACAAAGAACUAGCAAGAGAUGGAGAUAGUUUUGUUGACGGAGCUGUGAUUGCAGCAGCAAGAACAUUGCCGGUUUGGUGUGAGGGUGAUGUUCCCCCUAUACCGAGUAAGGAGAGAAAAGCUGUAAAAGAGUUGCAAGAAGAAUGUCAACAGAUGCUCAUGGAAUUCUCGACUUCAUCCCAACAAGACCACCAAAUCCUAGAGUCUAUUAUGGUGGAGGAAGGGGGGGAAAGUAGGAAGAGGCUUGAAACAGCCAUAAAAUAUAGAUUGCAUAGGAAGUUGUUCAUAGAGAAGGUGAUAGAGGCACUUGAUGUUUACCAAGACAGAUUAUUGUUCUAGAAUUUUAUUCAUCUUUUUGUAUUGGAGAAACAAAGUUUUGUAUGAAAUAGGAUUAGCUUUCAAAGGCUUUGGGUGUAUUUUAUACUA